ACAGGUGCGUGGGCCACAGCUCUUGGAUUUCUUGUUCUCUUUCUCUUAACAUCAGUUGCCGCACGGUUUUGUUUCCCCUGUCGCAUCGAAAUACAACAGCUGUGUGCGCCUGCGACUUGAUUCGGGAGCCAACCAAGCAGCCAUGGACGCGUUGAUGAAGGGUUUCUCUAAAGCCAAGGAUGGGGUCGUGGCAGCGGCGGAGAAAACCAAGCAGGGAGUGACUGGAGCGGCUGAGAUGACGAAAGAUGGGGUUAUGUUCGUCGGCACCAAAACGAAGGAUGGAGUCACAACAGUUGCAGGUAAAACUGUGUCUGGAGUGUCUCAGGUGGGCGGAGCGGUGGUUACCGGGGUCACGGCUGUGGCCCAGAAGACCGUGGAGGGUGCAGGCAAUAUUGCCGCUGCCACCGGAUUGGUCAAGAAGGAUCCGGCCAAACAAAGUGACGAUGCCUCAGCCGCACCGAACAUGGCAGAGUCACCGGUUGAAACUGACCUUGCUGAUACUACAGAGGAGGACACCGAUGACUAAAGUGACUGAGAGCUUCACAAUCGAAGACCAUUGACCGAAACAUUCCAUGUUGCUCUGCCAUGUCCCGUCGUGCCUCGUUUUGGUCCUUUAUGGAGUCUGUGCCCAACUUCUGUGUGUGUGUGUGUGUGUGUGCGUGUGUGUGUACGUGUGUGUGUACGUGUGCAGUUACGUAUGUAUACACAGCGGUAUAUGUGUAAAUGUUGUAGAGAAAGAGAAAAUGCUGUGAGUUUGUACAUGUGUAUGCGCCUUUUUGCACAUCAGUCCUGAAAUGGACCUCAGGUGUGUGUCAUCUGUGACCAGCUGUCAUUUACAGUGACUCCCUCCCACUGAGAAGGCCACCUGGUCAGUGUGUGCGCGCGUGUGUGUCUAUAUGUCUGAUUUCCGUCAACUGUGUGACUAUGUCAAUAACUAAAAUAUGAAAAUAUACCACAAUUUACCACUUCAAGCACCUAAGUGUCUCUAUAUAAAUGAACAAUUUCCAGUGAUCUGGUUGAAAUGGAAGCAUAACGAUAUUCACUAUUUUUGUCUGUAUGCUGUCACUGUUUUUUGAGGUGGAAAACAAAGUGCUGAGCUAUUCGUGCAUUCAUAUUGUAUUUUCUAAUUUAUCACUGCUAUAACAAAUGUAU